UCCUGCAUCUGUUGUGAUCAGGUUGGGACAAGGUGGGUGUUUUAAAAGAUCUAAAGUGCUAAAAUCGUUACAAUUAAUUAAAACAGCUUUUACCAACGAAGUAAGUGAGUUAACAGUUAUUCAUUUAACACUGUAGUGCUUUAUAUAACAUUACAAAACGUUAUUUUUAUGAGUAAAGCCUGUCCUCACAUGAGCAACAGAAAAGGUGCGUCAUAUUUCGUUCCCAAUAUCAUUAAUCUGUCUAUCGUAAACGCAAACUCUUUCACAGGCAAGCAAUGGUGGGAGAAAUUUAGCUUUUCGGAACUCCGAGUCAAUUGAAUCAAUUGCUUCGCUAAAUGAUUCACUGAAUCGAAGCGUUCGAAUCACCGCUUCAAUCUAAUCGCUGUUGGUCAGAACAGUGUAAAGGCAACAACAACACAAACAUGAACACUAAAUAUAUACAAAUAUAAAUCACAAUCAAAUAUGAAGUGCAUGUGUUUUUUUUUUGUUUUUUUUUUUUUAUUAAUUUACAGUUAAGUUUUGUGGCUAAUCAAGCAAUUUAAGACAAUUCGUCACUAUGUGUUGACUACUGAACUAAUGAGCUGAUUAAGAAAUUUAGUUUCGGUUUUAUUUCUGUCCGAUUUUAUUAGCAUCUUAAGCAAGAUAAUGUGUGAAAACACCUGAUGAAGCACCUGAGAUCCAUGUAAAAUACUGUUAUGGAGUUUAUCAAAGAGGAGAGAGAAGACAUGAGGAUUGAAGAAGCAAUCGGAGUCAAACAAGAAGAUACUGAGGAACAAACAGAUCUGAUGGUGUUGAAAGAGGAGACAAGAGUACUACAUAAAACUGAAGAGAAGGACCAAUAUUUCACAAAUGGAGAAAAAUCAAUUAGCUGCUUACAGACUGGAAAGACUUCCUCUCAAAAAGGAACUCAAAAGACAGAAACUAAAAGUUUCACCUGCCAACAAUGUGGGAAAAGUUUCAACCGAAAAGGAAACCUUAAUUACCACACGAGAAUUCACACUGGAGAGAAGCCUUACACGUGUCCUCAAUGCGGGAUACGUUUUAUUCAAGGAGUAAUGCUUAAAAGGCACAUUAGGACUCACACUGGAGAGAAGCCUUUCACCUGCAAACAGUGUGGAAAGAGUUUCAUUCGAAAAGGAUGCCUUAAAAGUCACAUGAGAACUCAUACUGGAGAGCAGCCUUACACUUGCUCUCAGUGUGAAAGGACUUUUGCACAUAAACAGACUCUUAAUGCCCACAUUAGGAUUCACAGUGGGGAGAGACCUUACACCUGCCAACAGUGUGGAAAGAGUUUCUCUGAAAGUGGAAACCUUAAAGUCCACAUGAGGAUUCACACUGGAGAGAAGCCUUUCAGCUGCCAACAGUGUGGAAAGAGUUUCAAUCAAAAAGGAAACUUUAAAGUCCACAUGAGAGUUCACAAUGUGGAAAAGCCUGAAAACUGUGUGGAAAGAGCUUCACAGCAGAAGUAAACGUUACAGUGCGUUCACACCGCUGCAGGCGAGAGCGUCAAAGUGGAAUGGAAGUCAUUCAUUAUCAUUAGGGCCUUUUGCACUGCAGGAACCUUUUUAUAGUUCCAGAACUAAUUGUGGAACUACGUACAAUUUUAGUACCACCUUUUUAGAGAACCAAAUUAGCUCCUACACCGGAGCAGGGUCUAACCAGCAUAAACUUGCACUUAAUGUGACGUAAGUAGACAUUGAUUGGCCAGAUGUAUUCAAAAACGGCCCCAAUAUAUGUGACUGAGUGCUGGUGUCCCAUUAGUGAUGUGACAUUCAGCCAGGUAUGGUGACCCAUACUCAGAAUUCCAAUUUAACCCGUCCAAAGUGCACGCACACACACACACACCUCAGUCAUGGUAUUGUCUGCCUGAGAUUCAAACCCACAACCCUAGGGUUAGGAGUCAAACUCUCUAACCACUGGGCCACGACUUCCCCACAUUAUGGUGCAUGUAGCUAGUAUACUACCACUAGAUGGUUUGCAUUGUGCAGUCCCAACAGAAAAAACUACUGCAAAAGCAGUGAUUGAGCUGUUACACAUCCCAGAUGAUAUGACAGCACCCCAGACAACAGUUGCACGCUAUCUGUAAAAAAUACAUUGCUGAAAUUGAUCUGAACACCCUUUAACUUUUCCUUCAGUUCUGUACUGGUUCAGAUAUAAUAGAGAAGCCUAUUACAAUUGAAUUUAUUGAAACAAUGAUUUGUUUCUAAUCAUUUAAGAUCCUCACAAGCUCAGUGUGGGCUAUGGAUAUAAUUUAGGUCCACAAGCACAAUUAAACCAUCCAUGUGAAGAAAUCAAGAAACAUGAGCGGGCUAAACAGAAAUUUGUACACAAGUGAAUUGACCCAACAUUUGGCGCGAUGAUAAUACAACUGUUUUCAGGAUUGUUGCUGUUUUACAAAAUCAGUUCAAGUUAAGUUGCGAACUUUCUGGAGUUGUUUGACUCCACCCAGAAAUUAUGUUCAGAUAUGUUAGUUGCUUGUGAACAUUAAAAUUAUUCUAAAUAUGCUUUUCUUUUUUUCAGAGAUUUAGGAAUUAAACUGAAUUUUGUUGGUGUGUUCUGA